UGAGAGCCAAAGAUCACUCAGGAGCUGAGAUUUUGCGGGAGAAGUGUGAUAAGCCCUAAGGUGGGCAGGAUUUUCUAGACAUAUUCUAAAAAUGAGGUGACGCUAACAAAAGGUUUUAAAAACUGUAUAAGUCAUGCCAUUUUUGGAAUUCAUAGCGGGGAGCAUUUCAGGUGCUUUGGGACUUGCAGUUGGACAUCCAUUAGACACAAUAAAGGUGCGUCUACAAGCCCAGUCUGGAUAUAGAGGAAUAUUUCACUGUGUGGCUAAAUCAUACUCUCAUGAAGGGCUUCAUGGAUUCUUCAAGGGGAUGGCAUUUCCGGUGCUGACAACUGGCAUUAUCAACUCUGUUGUCUUUGGUUCAUACAGCAAUGCUUUAGGUUACCUCACUCAGUUUCAACACAAUGGCCAGAAUCAAUACAAGCCAGCCUCUGCAGGGCAGGUCUUCAGUGCUGGCUGCUUCUCAGGCCUGGUACAGGUGUUGAUUUGUGCUCCAAUCGACCUGGUGAAGGUGCGUCUGCAGGGUCAGACAACUGCUGCCCGUUAUCGUGGACCCAUACACUGUAUGGCUGUCAUACUGAAGGAGGAGGGACCCCGGGGUCUGUUCAGAGGAGGUGUGGCUCUUGCUCUGAGGGAUGUACCCUGCUAUGGACUUUACUUCCUGCCUUAUGAGGUCAUUCGCAAGGCUCUAACUGAGACCAGCAAAGAACCAGGAGCCUUUGCGAUCUUGAUGGCAGGGGGUGUAGCAGGUGUGGUGACCUGGGCUUUCGCAACGCCUAUGGACGUUGUGAAAGCUCGUCUCCAGAUGUCGGGUGCCGGCGGCCGAAAGUACAGCGGGGUCCUUCACUGCAUGAGGGAGAGCGUGAGGGAGGAGGGAUUCAGGGUCUUCUUCAAAGGUCUCUUGCUGAACAGCCUGAGGGCUUUUCCUGUCAACGCCGUCACUUUCCUCAGCUACGAGAGUUUGAUGAAGAUUUUCUGUCCACCAGCAGGAUGAAGGGAUAAUUGCCCACUCUGCUGCUCACUGUGGACAUUUCAACACACAGUAAUUUGACUGUAGGUCCAGAAGGUUAUUUUCAACAUUUUAAAGUCUCAGUAGAACACGCCAGCAUUCAGGUAGCUACCAUCAGAAACCUGAACACAGUCUGAAGACGACGUGUCUACAGUUAGCCUCCAUCUGUGUCCUCUGAUUUAACCUAUCAAACUACUCCUGUUUGCUGCAAAUCAAAUCCACUUUACCGCAGCUGUUUUGUUUUUUUAUUAUUAUUUUUGCUUAUCAGAGCAGGAAAUAAGUCUUUCAUCAUAGAGUAUAUAUUUGUUCAGUUAUUUUAAAGCCUUUUACUGUUGUAGUAGAUGGACACACUGCAAGAGAUUGUCCUACGAAUGACAGUAUUUAGGAUGUUUUAUUAUCCAAGUAAUAGUUUAAGUUCAGAUAUUGAUAAUAAAAAAAACACUAAGAAGUGCAACAAGCGUUUUUAUUUUAAGUGUAGACUGUGGUUCUGACAUACUCAACGUGUCAUUUACACGACAAACCUGUGAUGAACCAUCGUAUUCUCUAUUAUUUAUUCCAUUUAGCAUUUAGCAACAUGUCAGUCUGAUCAGCUGUUCCCACGGUGCUACAAGCCCAGAGCUCACUUCUGCCUCUCCUGAACGUCAGAAUGAGAUCCACAUUGAUUUGAAUCAUGUUUGAUCACAUUUUCCCUAGCAAGUUAGUAUUUUUGGGCUGAAUGUUGGCUUGAUUAACACACACAGCUGUGAUGGACCAUGUGCUCAGCCUUGCUGCAUGCUAGUGGACCUGCAAACACAAAACAAUAAGGUGUCUCUGAAGGGUUUGAAGGUAAAUACCAGUGGAAACUCCUAUAAACUGAUAACCAGCUGAGUAUGAUCUUUGCUGAUCAGGAGACAAACCAUUGAGGAGAUUUUAUGUCCUAACCUGCAGGUUUUCGUUUCAUCUCAACAGUCCCAUCCACCUUUCAAACAUCAUCUCCUGAUAACAGUUUCUGCCUCCAUCUCUUAACAUCCUCCGCUCCAACUGCCCCGGCAAUCUUACAUAAGCACUUUAAAUUAUAUUUAUUUAUAAUUAGCAUCCCUCCAAGGCUAUGUUUAAUGAAGCAGGGUCAGCUAUAGCAACAGCAGCUCACACACAUCAGCCAUAGUUGGAGCCAUUUUAAUUUAGCUGAAGUUAUUUUAUAAGUAGUUUAUUUAGAUUUUAGUUUAUUGUUCUUGAUUUUUAUUUUAAAACAUCUUCAUAAAACGUGAUUCAAAUGAAAAUAAUUGUUUAGUAGUUGUCAGCUUUAGUCCCAACUCUAUGAACACAAGUUCUGUACUAAAUACGUGACAUUUACAUGUGAAUUUUGAAAAAUGUUAAUUUGUCUU